CUUCUCAUUGAAGGAGCGUUGCUCCGUAAUUCGUGUACACAACAUUUCCCAUAGCACGUGAACGCAACGGAGCCACCGGAAAAUCCGACAGCACUAGAAGGCAGUAGCAACGCAAAGCGCGGUGAAGAAGCGGUCAUGGCCGAACCGGUGUCUGACAGUGACGUCCCGGCCGUGAAGCCGCCACCCAAGCGGCGACGCAUCCUCGACCCCUCAGCUAUCGUCCCGGUGCCCGUGUACUCCAGCAAGGUAAGCAGCAGCCUGCAGUUGAAGCCACUGGCAGCAGCGUUCCCUGAAAAGGAAGCCACAGACGACGGAGCAGACGAGAGUUUGUGGCCGCGGUUUUCCCCACAAGCUCCGUCAGCGGCCAUCAUCACUUUCAGUGACUCUGAGGAGGACGAAGCAGAACAGACGGAGAGGAAAACAGAAGCAGGAGCCGUCCGCUGCCCGUCCCCUCCACCUCCAGAGAGUCCAGUCCAGAACCAGUCCAGACAGGUCAAACUGAAGAUCACUGAGCUCGACAGAAAGCUCCAGGCAGUGAACUCCCUCCUGUCUCCUGAACCCCAGGACACGAGGACCAGACGCCGCCGGGCUCCAGAUGAUGAUGUCAUCGUCAUGAACUCUAACGACGAUGACGUUAUCGUCCUGACGCCCAAAUCUGGUGCUCAGGAUUCCUCGUACAGCUCAUCGGUCCGGGAGAUUCCCCUCAAAAUCCGCUGCCGAACAAACAUCCAUAAGAUCCCGGUGCUGUCGUCGACACCUUUAGGUGAUGUGGUGAGCCAGCUGUCCGUCGUCCUUAAGGUUCCUCCUCCUCGCCUCUUGUUGCUGAGGGAUGACGUGGAGCUCCCUACGGAAUCGACUGUCGGCGAGCUCGGCCUCGGCAUCGCAGACAUUAUAGAGUGUGUCGUCAUGGCAGCAGAGAAUGAAAGCGGAGAAAGAGGUGGCGGCGGCGGCGGCGGCGGCAUCGUCACAGUGAGGCUGCAGAGCAAAGACAAAGACUCUUCACAGGAGUUCUCCCUGCACAGAGACGCGCCGCUGGGCUCCGUCUUCUCACAGUAUCUGUCCAGGAUGUCCAGCAGCGCCCAGAGGGCCGUCCGCUUCCACUUCGACGGGUCCAAAGUGAGGCACAGCCAGACGCCGGCUCAGCUCGACAUGGAGGACGGCGACAUCAUCGAAGUUUGGACUUAAGCCUUGACGUUCAUAACAUUUAUUACCUGUAAAGUUUAGUUACUUUAUUUGUAAAAGUCACUUUAUUUGUACAUGUUGAAAAUACAAAGAUGCAACAGUUCAAAUGGAAAUGACAUUAUAUUUUUAUAAACUAUUCAGAUUGAAAUUUAAAAAAUAACAGAACUCGUAUACAAGAAAUUAAAUUGUUGUAAAACUGUAUUUUAAUGUUUCUUUGACUGUACAAUAGCUGUUUUACAUGUUGAUUUUUUAAAUAAUAAAAGUAGUGAAAGUUACUCUG